CGUGUAACCAUCUACUUCCGGUAGUGAGGAGGUGACGGCGCUCGACCACUUCCGGGUCACAAGGUUGUACACACGUGUGUAGACCUGGGGGAUAAGCAGACAGAACGGAGCGGCGAUAAUCGGGGCAAUCGGAUCGGAGGAGACAUGGCAGGCGGCAAGAAGAUGUUGGCCGAUCUGGAUCUUAUCGGAACCAUCGAAGAUGAUGAUGAUGUCCCAGAGGAGCCCGAGUCUGAGGAGGAGGACGAGGAUCAACCCAUUGUCCUUGGGAAGAAGAAGCAGAACGCCGCUAAAAGCAGCGGUGACUUCAACUCCGGCUUUUUCUUCGGUGAGCGGGAUGGCCAGGCUGAUGACAGCUGGAUAAUGGACGACGUUAUGAAGCAGCUGAAGAAGAGAGUCGCCACCAGUCUGGAUGAGAAAAUUGAGACCGUCAGAAAGAGGAGGAAGAACCAGGAGAAAGAGGUUUCUAAAAUAUCCGAGACAGAGGAGGAAGUAAAGAGCGAGGAGGAGGAGGAUGAGGAGAAGGAGGAGGAGAAGGAGGCCUCCGAAAGUGAGGGGAGUGAAGAAGAGUUCUCCUCGGAAGAAGAGGCCGUGCUGACCAAGGCUGACACGCUGAGGGUAAAGGAGAAGAAAAAGAAGAAAUCUGCAGGGAAAUCUGGAUUUUUCGAAGAUGCUUCUCAGUACGAUGAAAAUUUGACUUUCCAAGACAUGAACUUGUCCCGACCUCUGCUUAAGGCAAUUUCUGCCAUGAGCUUCACACAGCCCACCCCUAUCCAGAAGGCCUGUAUCCCUGUGGGGCUUCUGGGAAGAGAUAUCUGUGCCUGCGCUGCUACCGGGACAGGAAAAACCGCCGCUUUCAUGCUUCCAGUCCUGGAGCGUCUGAUCUACAAGCCGCGGGAGGCUCCCAUAAGCCGCGUUCUAGUUUUGGUCCCGACUCGUGAGCUCGGCAUCCAGGUCCAUGCGGUCACCAAACAGCUCGCCCAGUUCACAGAGGUUACGUGCUGCCUAUCUGUGGGUGGUCUGGAUGUGAAAUCUCAGGAGGCGGCCCUACGAGCCGGACCGGAUAUUCUUAUUGCCACACCCGGAAGACUUAUCGACCAUCUGCACAACUGCCCCUCAUUCAGCCUCGAUGCGAUUGAAGUUCUCAUUCUGGAUGAAGCCGACCGGAUGCUGGAUGAGUACUUUGAAGAACAGAUGAAGGAGAUCAUCAGACUUUGCUCCCAUCAGCGACAGACUUUGCUUUUCUCAGCAACUAUGUCCGAGGAGGUUCAGGAUUUGGCCUCUGUGUCCCUGAAGAAUCCAGUGAAAAUCUUUGUGAAUAGUAACACUGAUGUCGCACCUUUCCUACGCCAAGAGUUUGUUAGGAUCCGACCCAAUCGGGAGGGGGACCGGGAAGCAAUCGCAUCUGCCCUUCUCACCCGGACCUUUCAGGACCAUGUCAUGCUGUUCACUCAGACCAAGAAACAAGCACACCGUAUGCAUAUCCUCCUGGGGCUAAUGGGACUCCGAGUCGGGGAACUUCAUGGGAACCUCUCCCAGACGCAGCGUUUAGAGUCCCUCCGGCGGUUUAAAGAUGAACAGAUUGAUAUUCUGGUGGCUACUGACGUAGCUGCUAGAGGGUUGGAUAUCCACGGCGUGAAGACGGUUAUCAACCUCACCAUGCCAGCCACGGCGAAGCAUUACGUGCACAGAGUGGGCCGCACCGCGCGUGCCGGUAAGGCGGGCCGCUCCGUAUCCCUGGUCGGGGAAGAAGAACGGAGGAUUUUAAAGGAGAUUGUUAAAAAAGCUCAGGCCCCGGUAAAAGCCAGAAUCCUCCCCCAAGAUGUCAUUUCGAAAUUUCGGGAAAAAAUUAAAAAUUUGGAGAAGGAAAUCUAUGCCGUGCUACAGCUGGAGAGAGAGGAAAAGGACAUUCAGAAAUCUGAGGCCCAGAUAAGUUCGGCACAGAGGAAGUUAGAUCCAGGGUCUGAACCUGAUCGUAUGGAAAGAAGCUGGUUCCAAACCAAGGAAGAGAGGAAGAAAGAAAAAUUGUCCCACGCUCUUCAGGAGUUCGAUCUGGCUUUGAGAGGAAAGAAAAAGAGGAAGAAAUUCAUGGAAAAUACAAAAAAGAAGGGAGAACUGACACCAGAGGAACGAUCUCAGUUUGAGGUGCUGAAGGCUCAGAUGUACGCCGAGCGAGCGGCCAAGAGAGAUCGCAAACCGAAGAGGGCGAGGGCCAUGCCUCCGGAUGAGGAGCCUGCAGCCAAGCCUUCAAAGGCCAAGAAGCAGAAGAAGAACACCGUGUUUGAUGAAGAAUUAACCAACACAAGUCGUAAAGCCUUGAAAAAGUUCAGAGCAGGACCAUCAUUUGAGGACAGGAAAAGGCUGGGAAUUCAACACAAAAAAGGCAACUUUAAGUCCAAAUCUCGGUAUCGCAGGAAAUGAUUGUACUGGUGCGGAGUCAUUGGAGAGACCCACUUGCACAGCAUUUUGACUUACGGCGCUGUUCGCCUAGGACUUUAUUGAAAGGAAGAGAUUGUGCCUGGAAUAUAAAGUAUCUUUGUGGAAGAGAAUGGACUUUGAGGAUUGUGUUCUGCUUAUACUUUUAUGAUAAAAAACAUUUUUAUAAUUAAUCAUCUUUGGCAAUGCUUGUGUUAGAGAAUCAGGGUUAUGCUCGUUUUUGGGUGGUC